CGAGAUACGUAUAGGAUGGCAUACAGAACAACAUCCAACGGCGAUCAAUGGUGCAAUCCAGUCGACAGCCUCCAGCUCGCUGACCCCCACUGCUUGGUCACCACAUCAUCCACGCCGCACAUCGAACCAUUACAAAAGAAGAGUCCUAGAAGGUGCCACGGCAUCAAGGGUAUCCAAAUAGUGGUGCUCCGUACCCCAAAGCUUACCCAUCCAACCCCGGUAGCUCCUCGCACGCCAUCGCCGACAACCGAUGCCCCUCCCGUCCCACGGUCCCACUCACAUCGCCGACCUCCUCCGUUCCCGCGCCGACUGCCGGCUGCCGAUCCCCGGGCUCAAAAAGGCAAUCCAUCCUGGAGAUUCAUGGUGAUAAUCAACCUGUUGUUUGCUCUCUCGGUGCGUCAUGUUAAUUUGGUCGAGUAUCCCUUCGGCACGCCCUGGGUUACAAAUGUGACGUUUUCCUUCAUAUGCUUGGCUUUGAUGCUGACCAUUUCAUUUUCAAACCCGUCGUUGCUGAGACAAGCGCCACAACGACGAGGACGGAAUUCUUAUUUCCUACGGCCAACGCCCGUCGACAAUGCUCCGUUGGAAUCCUAUCUAGUCUCACCUUGCCACUGCUUUCUAGUGAAAGUAGAAACGCAAUUGACGGGCAUCCAUCAUCUCGGUAAAAUGCUGCGCCACUCGGAAGGAUCAUCAGCGUUCUCACGCGCCUCGACAUGUGGUUUGCUCUGGACGAGACUACGGCAGAGACACAGAAGCCUGACGGCUGAGUCGUGAGCUGAAUGUUUCAAGGUCGAAUUGACGGGGGUCCAUGGGAAAAUGCUGCUGCCUUGUGCAGACGGAGUUGACCUCCGUAAGAAUGCCACUCGUGGAAUCUUUGCCUCAUAUCGGACGCCCUUCUAUGUUCUUUGACCGGACAAAGACGACAAUUUACUAUAUCAGAAGAAGUAAGGUAGGAGGAGAAAAGGACUCAGCUUGAGGAGAAGGUCGCCAUUGGCGUCAAUUACAACGAGAACACUCUUCACUGAUGGUUGGAAAACGUCAGCCUCUAGAACCCCAUAUCAUACUAGCCAUACUCAAACAAAAACCAUGGAUCCAAACUACACAAAAGCCGAAACCAAACCCUUCAGCCUCCCAGACGGCCGCACCCUAACCUUUGCAGUCUUUGGCGCCGGCGCAGAGUCAUUCACCACCACCCCAUCCCCCACGCAUCAAAACCAACCUCGUCCGGCCGCUGCCGUGCUAUUCUACUUCCACGGCUUCCCCAGCAGCCACGAAGAAGCAUCAAUCUUCCACCACGCCGCACGUCGCCACGCCGUGCAAAUUAUCGCCCUCGAUCGACCAGGCCACGCGGGCUCCACGUUCCAACCGAACAGGCGCAUCCUAGACUGGCCUACCGACGUCCUCGCCGCCGCAGACCAUUUUCAGAUUCCCUGCUUCGGGGUCCUGGGUCUGUCGGGGGGCGCACCGUAUGUUUUUGCAUGUUGGAAAGCCAUCCCGCGCGAGAGGCUCGUUACGGCGGGAGUUUGUUCGGGCUUAUACCCCCCUGAGCUUGGGUACGCCGGCAUGCUCCUCCAGGGACGGGUGAUGUUGACGUUAGCACCGUGGAUUACGCCAGUCGUGGCGUGGGGUAUGGAGAUGUCGCUAAGCAGGGCGGCGAGAGGCGAGGCAAGACCCGGGAGGUUUGAGGGGAUCGUGCUGGAAGAUUUGAACACGAGGCCGGAGGUUGAUCGGGAGGUGUUGGAUGGGGAUGUUGGCGGGGUCCGGUCUGCUAUGCUUGCUAGUGUGCGGGAUGCUGUUUUGCCUGGGGGAUGGGGCCCGGCUUGGGAUGUCAAGUUGGCGGGGAGUUAUUGGGGGUUCGAGAUUGGGGAGCUUGAGGUUGAGGAUGGGGAGAUGGUUUGGUGGCAUGGGAGGGAGGAUGUGAAUGUGCCGGUUGGUCUUGCGGAACGGGCGGCGGAGUGUGUGCCUGGGGCGGAGGUGAGGUUUGUGGAGGGGGAGGGACAUGUUAGUCUUGUGGUGCGUAAAGCAGACGAGAUUAUGUCUACUCUUUCAGGCAUGCUGAGGAAGACAGAUUGA